AUGGCUGAGAGUAAUUAUGGGACCCCUGGCGCUGAUGCCGCCGUAAAAGCGGCGGAAGACGAAGCGAAAAGUCAGAUCGCGAAGGACAAAAACAAAGGCAAAGAUAAGGACAAGAUAAAGGACGAAGAGAAGCUUUCCAAGCUCAAUGAAACGAUGAGAGACCCCAAUCGUAACUGGAAUUUCAAGUCUUUGUACGCAUGAAUCGUUUGAUUUAGCUCCCAAACGCUCGAUCGACGCCUCCACCUUUGACGAACCCACCAGGUUGAUCCAAUUCGAUCCCGAGAAGAACCUGACCAUGAUCCCGGGCGAAACUCGAAUCAUAUUCGGGACAAAUCUCAAUGACUUUGACGUCAUGGUCAAGGUAUUCCAAAGUUUUAGUAGAUCCAACAUCAUUUAGGUUGAAGCAACGGGCUGUAAAGCAACGGUCACUAGAAAUUCAACCGUACCGCCACAAGAUACCUGCAAUAUUGAGGUUUAUUAUGAAAAGAAAACGGAUCCUCUAAGUACAGAAAAGGCCAGUGUCACCAUCAGAAUGUGCAAGGCAAACGGGACAGACAAAUGUGAGUGGUUUGUAAAGGCAGAUGAGUAUUAUGAAAUCAUGCCCUUCCCUGUUUAUGCAUGACGUCAUAUUGUUUUGAUUAAAUGAGAAAAACAGGAAUAUAUAAUAUUCUUGUUACGCCUUCUUUUUCUAGGUACCCAAGUCAUUACAAUCUUGGGGAAACACGGCUCGGGUCAACUCAGAAAGAAGCCCAUGAAGACCACGAUCGUUCGGAAGGCCAAACUCAAAAGCGAUCUGAAUGCCCGAGAGAAAUCGGGAGUGUUUUUGAUGGCGAAGAAGGGCGUGGAUUACCUUGAAUUCCGUGCUUUUGAGGUUUUCCAUGAGGAUGAGAAGCUGUAUGACGAUCUUUGA